AGUGUUGUCUUAGCUUUUGACAAAAGCGCACUUUCUUUGUGACUUUAGUGAUAAAGUUGUUGAUUAUGAGCCUACAUUACAAUAGAUUAUGAAUAAAACUUGGCUAGCGUUAAUUUUAGUGUUUUGCAUAAAAGCAUCGCUUACACAGUUCAGCCAGAAAUGUUCCACAUCAAGGAUGCGAGGCGAAUGUAUAGCAUACGACAUAUGUCCGUUUAUUAAAAAGCUUGGAACAAUCGUUUACCAAGAUGACAUUACUCAGCUUCGAGACCGAGCGUCAGCAUGUAGGAGAUAUGGAAAUAAAUUGAUGUGUUGCGAGGAGGGUGCCGUUGACAAUGGAAGUGGAAGCGGAACUAAACCUCCAACCAUUCAACCUACAACUAUAAUGCAAUCGACAAGAAAUCCGACAACUAACAUUGGAGCUACGAAUGGAAACAGAAAUCAAGCCCAGAGAGAUCCUUUAAAACAUCCAAAUUACCGGCAUUUCAAGAACUUAAAAUGUGGAAUAAUUUCAUCGAAUCGUGUUGCGAACGGUAACGACUCAAAUCUGUUUGAGUUUCCCUGGGCAGCAAGACUUGGUUACGAUAACCAAGGAUUCAAUAUUGAAUAUAAAUGCGGUGGCACAGUCAUUUCAGAUUUUUAUGUUCUCACAGCUGCACAUUGUUUACGUUUCUCGAAACCUAACAUAAAACUGUCAACUGUUCGUCUCGGCGAUUGGGACACAAGCACUGAACGUGACUGCGACUACACCUAUCCAAGUAAUCCAAUUUGUGCUGAUCCAGUUCAAGAUAUUGCAGUGGCUUCUUACACUCCACAUCCAAAUUACGAUAGAACAAACAUUCACAAUGAUAUCGGCAUUGUGCGUCUUCAAGAAGCUGCCAACUUUAAUCAAAGAAAUAUUCGACCAAUUUGUUUACCUUUUACGAGAGAACUUCAAGAACUUCCAGGAAGAUUCGUUGUCAUAGGUUGGGGUCGUACUGAAGAUUCAUUCAAUUCAAAUAUUUUACAAAAAGCGAGUCUUCCACUUUAUGAGCGUGAUAAAUGCCUUAGGAAAUUUUCAACACUUCCAUUGAAGAAAAGAAUUAUUUUCAUUGAUGGUCAGUUCUGUGCAGGUGGUGAAGGACGAGUUGACGCGUGUCGUGGUGAUUCCGGAUCGUCGUUGCAAGCAAUUGGAACUGUUAACAAUCGUCCCCGAAUGGUACAAUACGGCAUUGUAUCGUACGGCACCACAAAGUGCGGCAUUGAAGUUGGAUUUCCCGGCGUUUACACGAAAACAUCUGAAUAUUUAAAUUUUUUAUUGGACAAUAUGCAAUAAAAUCUAAUCUCGCACGAAAUCCAAGAGACUUAAAUUGAGAUUUGAUUUUUGCCUCUCACAAUGGCAG